CCCCCCACCCCCGCUUCUUGGCUCUCUCCGCGCAGUAGAGAGCUAGCCCGGCUACUUACCUGCUGAUACCAAGCAGCCAAAAAAAGAAAAGAGCAACCUGGAAUUUAAAGCGCAAAGAUUGCAAUUUGGCAAUGCGGAAAUAGAUGGACGUUUCAUGUCGCUGAGCUUGUUUCCCACUUCUGGACUGACUACUUAACCGUUAACACUAGAGAAGGGAUUGCAUUUUAGUGGCACGAGCUUUUUUUAAUGUUUUCCUUGUCUUUAUGCUUUUAAAUACGUUAUCCGUUGGUACAUAUGCAUUCAGCUAUCCUGGAUCACAAGGAACACGGAUUUGAAAAGCUUUUUGCCCUCAUUAAAACAAAACUGGGCUGCAGUUUGCUGGAGUGAAUUAAUUUGUUUUACACCGAGCAUCACCAUGGAUGUGUUGGCAAAUUACAGUAUUUUUCAGGAACUCCAACUCGUGCACGACACAGGCUACUUCUCUGCGAUGCCAUCCCUGGAAGAGAACUGGCAGCAGACAUGUUUGGAGCUGGAAAGGUACCUGCAGACGGAGCCCAAACGAUUGUCAGAGCUCUUUGAUGAGGAGCUGGAUGGACUGCUCACGCCAGCCUUCAUGAAGGGGGACAGUGAAGACGAGCUGGCGGACCCCCUACUGCCUAGCCUCUCUGUUCAACCCAGCCCACCCCCCACCUUGGCUUCCUCCCUCAAACUCCUGCCAACCCCUGUCACCACCAAGACUCCUGAGUUGGGCCCCAAAGAAGGUGCAGAAGGGGUAAAUGCUGCUCAGCUGAGUGCCGUCACUUCCCUCACGCCACCCUCAUCACCGGAGCUGGGACGCCAUCUAGUGAAGCCGUCCCAGACACUGACAGCUACGGCCGAUGGCACCCUCACUCUCAAGCUGGUGGCCAAGAAGGUGGGCCUAGGGGCGGCUAAGCUGGUGGCCACCAACAGCCUGCCCUCGCCACCCAACAAAGGUGGGCUGAGUGACAGUGAGCAGGUGGGAUCAGGGAGCAUCAGUGGUGACAUCCCGGAAAACAAAAAGAGGGUCCAUCGCUGCCAGUUCAAUGGCUGCAGGAAAGUGUACACCAAGAGCUCCCAUUUAAAGGCCCACCAAAGGACCCACACAGGUGAGAAGCCGUAUAAAUGCUCGUGGGAAGGCUGCGAGUGGCGCUUUGCCCGGAGCGAUGAGCUGACGCGGCACUACCGCAAACACACCGGCGCCAAGCCCUUCAAGUGCAACCACUGCGACAGGUGUUUCUCCCGGUCAGAUCAUCUGGCCCUGCACAUGAAGAGGCACAUCUGAGACCAAAAGCAAGAAAGAACGAGUGAGAAAGACAGGAAGAGAGCGAGAGAGAGAGAGCACGAGAGAGUGAACGGAUGGACGGAAUCGGACAGCGUGUAAAUGUGUUGUGCGUGCCGUCCUGAGGAGGCCCAAUUGAGAAUAUGAAUGGGAGCAAUGUGUCCUGUUGACACUGUGGCCACCACCAGCGUAAGGGCAAAAGACAAGGGGAUGGAGGGAGAGGGACAAAGAGAGAGAGAGAGAGAGAGAAGGAGCUCCGCGGUUUUUGUUUAUAGACGCACAUUGUCCACCAGACUUAUUUUUGUCAGCGGAUUAACCAUGCCUUACUGACCAGGGGCUGGGAAUCAGACACUGCCAAACAAUCUUGCUGAUCCAGUCAUGCCCCACGUACUCUUUUAUUUUAUCUGCAUAAACACCAGAGAGACUUACAGAAUAUACACCCACGCACCAAAUACACUCGUACAAACGUAGUCUCUUACAAAAAAAGUACUAUGUGAAAUGUAUUUUACUUUCUUUUAUCUCUCUGGGAUCAUAUCACAGUCCACAAAUUUCAGUAAUGCUAACCACAAGAGCCAGUCGCUGAACUGUACAACACAGCCAGACUAUAUUGUAAAAGACCAAUGUAACCUGGGCCAAAAGCAAUGCCCUCUACCUGGAUGCUAAGGAGUGGGCGAGUCCACACUUCACCUGGGGAGCACCUUUCUCUCUUAUCUUCAUGCCUGCCACCUCACAGGCAACAAAUACGCAGCGACACUUUUUUGCCUUUUUAAAUUUUCUUGUCUUUUAUGAAUUAAAUGUCUUAAAAUACGAUUGACAUUUGCCUUGCAAGAAUGGACACGGAUGUGAACACAUGGAGGAAAAAUUUACUGUGCAUAAAAGCCACUGUUUAGCACUGACAAAAAAAUGGAAAGACAAGUACAAUUUGAUCGGAAGGCUUUAUGAUUGUACUGCUGAAACAAAAAGGAUUGGUGUCCGGUUUUUCAUUUUUUGAGGUUUUUUUUUCUCCAAAUCACAUUCUAUACAAUGCGAACUGGAGCAGAAUUCCUACUCCCCCCCCCUCCCAAAGUAGCAAGACUACAAAAAUUGGGAUAGCUGGGGGUAACCUAGGACCACCAAGAUCCAGGACCUUUCUGGCCAGGGAGCCAAUGGACGCCAUUGUCAAACAGGUGCCUCAGGAAGUGCCAGGAGGGGACAGGUGGAUUUGACUUUCAUGGACAAAAAAGCCCACCUCUCUUAGGGUCUGGAAAACAAGGCCACAUCAGCCAAAUGGAACUUGCCUGUUUCAUACCUGUUGUCUGCACUGACUUUUUCCAAUGUGAUCCAUACUUUUUCAUAUAGGAAAGAAAAAAAAAUCUCAAAACAAAUGUAAAAAAAAACACAAAAAGAAUGAAUUACACACAUACACAGAACAGUUUCCUUGCUCAUGGCAAAACAUAUAGGAGAAUAACUCUCAAGUACAUACACUCUUUAAAAUAAAACACUGCAUGGCAGAGUCACACACAGAUUGCUUCCCGGAAAUAUUUGUUCAGUUCAGAAACAUUCAUAUACGAAUUAUGACAGUUGUGUUUCUUGCUUUGUUGUUGUUUUUUUUAAGAAAUGGUCCAAUCGACAAAAACAACUUUGAAGUUAUAUGCUAAUGUAGCCUAUCUUCAUGUUGUAGUGGAUGCUGUAAGGCAGGUAUAGCAGUCUCAACAUCCUGGGGGAUUAGAUUUGUGGUCCAAUCCCGGCGUAUGCAGCUCUGCAGGGGCUCCACAACCAUCACUCCUUUUUUUGUCCUCACAACAGUUUAAAUGGCUGCUGAGCAACGGUGGAGAGGGAGGCUGAUGCUGUUAUCUGCUAGUAAUAGCAUGCACUAACAGUGCCAGACACUCUCAGACGAUCCCAGAGCAGCCCCUCAGGGGAACGGUGCCACUCAUCACCACCAAUACCAAAAAGCUGCAGCAUGUAACUGCCCAGAAAGGAGGUUUGGGAGCUCGCAAAUAACAAGAACAACAAGUGACUCACUACCACACAACGCCUGUCAGUUCCAGCUCACUUCUCUAUAAGAACAGAGAUCCUUUCUAUUCUUCUAACAGCUACUUACAGUAAAUAAGCAAUCUUGCUUGGUCUUUAUAUAAGUUUUUUUUAUAUAUGAUUUGGUUUUGUGGGGGGAAACUCAUGCCAAAUUUGUUAUGAUUUGGGGGUUUUAUUCAACCACGAUUACGUACAAUCAGGUGGGAUUUUUCUGAUGUUUUGCUGAACAGCCGCCUGUGAGCAUUAGCAUAGCCUCCAUUUAGGCCUUGUCUAUUGUGGAAUUGGCAGCUGUACCGUUAAAGCAGCAUAGUGAGCUGUUUAUGAGGGCAGUAAGGAGGCGUUUUACUGAGGGUCCUUGGGAGACUGCGGUUGUGUGUUGAAUAAGAGAGGUUCCGCUGUUCCGUUUUCUAAUCAUCAACUUCCAGUGUAACAGGAAGAUGUUCAUUGCUGCCCAAUGUUGGGACUAAAAGAGUGUAGCCAGUUUCCUAUUUUUACUGAUAUAUAUAAUUUAAGUACGCAUAUUAAGCUCUUAUGGACCAAUUCCUGAGUUCUUUGGGUUUUUUUUUGUUUUUGUGUUUUUUUGAUGGGUCAUUGGCAUGACUAAUGUUGUAAAACAGAAGAACCCUUGGACUACAGGGUGAGUUCAGCUUACGCCACUAUGGCCAUGAUCAGUCCCCCAGUCAAGUGGAACAGACUGACAGGGUCAUACCAGGGGCACACAUUGUUUUCAUGGCGAAUUUAACAACCCCUGGCAGAGAGAUGUUAUCUCCACAGUCUGAGUCAGCCCAUUUCACUCCUGUGGCUUUCACGCUGCUAAGUGUCAAAACAUCUUCCUUCCCUCCAUUGCCCAGCAAACCCUGCCUGCCAUUGUGAAAGCAACAAAGCAAACGGUGGUAUCUUCAAAUCCAGUCUCCUGCAGAUCUGCUUUUCUUCAUAUAUAAAUGCUGGCUAUUACUGAGAAAAAUAAGAUGUUUUGUCGUUCAAAAGAGCAUUAAUAUAUAGCAGGAAGUAUAAGUUAAGACAUGUGUUUAACAGGAGUAUUUCAGUCCAAAUGAUGCUGAACUAGAUCAUGAUUUUGAUGAUUCUGCACCGAAACACGCACGCAGACCUGCACCCCCCUUUUGCUAUUUACGUCACCCUGGCUGAGACCCAGCAGCAUUUCACUUGCUGCAGGAAGAUGAAAUGCACAUUCACACUUUUCCCAAAGAUUUGCAUAUUUGCUGUAACGUUCUGAAAGAGGAGAUAUAGAAAGAGAAACAAAGAAUUUACUUUAGAGUCCCAUUUUUUAAUGGCCACCUAUAUAAACUUUUCAGAUGUCGACUGAAACAACUACUUAUAUGUUUACAGUAAUAUGACAAUAGCACUUGUAUGGUCUUAAAGAGCCCCUGUCAUCCUUUCAAAUGUGUAGUGGAGAUGUACUCCUUUCAAGUUUUAAGAACCAUACAAGUUUAGUUUUUUGCAGAAUAACUGUUGUCUGUGACUGUAUACGUUGAGCAUUUAACAAAAAUAUCAAUAGACAACUGAAGUCACAAGUACCAGAGGCUAAUCGCAUUAAACUCCUUAAGUAUUCAUAACCUUAAGUCUGCUCUUUUCCUUUAGACUGUAUUUCAGUAGCUUUUACUGCUUAGUGCAUAGUUGUUAAACUGAAAGAUCAUGUAGAGGGUAAAAAUGCAAACUCAGAUUCAGCUGAAAGGCGUUUUAUGCAAUUAGCCCAGGUCCUCUAUGACCUUUCCAAGUUUUGAUGGAUAUGAAGUGUUGCUCUUCUUCGUCAGAAGCCUACCAUUUCGCUACAUGAUCUGCACACUUUCUGUAUUCUGCUAGUCUAGUUUAUUGGUGCACUCCUCUGUCAAAUGUCCACUUAACAUGUUCUGAUACUUCAAGAUGCAUUAUAAACCACGACAGGAACCCUUAUAGAGAUAACCGGGAGACAAAAUUGUGGCUAUGUUUGUGAGAUUUAAAUAGAUUAAAUCAUAAAGUUGAUAUCAGUACAUUGAGGAUCUGCUUUGGGUAACUUUCUCUUUCUGGCAAAGAAGUUUAGAGCCAAGUGAAUGGUCAAUUAUUAACUGAAUCAUUAACUAUAGGUGAAUGCAUAUGGCUAUAUUGCAUCUUGGAGUAAUCUUUCUGUCUACUGUUGUCCAUACUAGGUGUCAGUAUGUAAGUCAGGGGUUUGUCAAACCUCUCCCUCUGUCUCUGGGCUCUCCCUCCCCUGACUCAGUGUCCUCAUAGCUACUCAAGUGUCCCAGUGCAUUAUGGGUUGCACUAUGACCACUUACAGGUUACAGAAACCUUGGGGUUAGGGGAGUCCACUUUCCUACAGCUCUGGACUAUGACAUUAUACAUUUUCAACAGGCCUUUGAGUUACUCCUCGAUUAUCUUUCGUUUUUGUUGUUUUGUGAGAGACGGGGCAUGGCACAGCACACUUUGUCUGUCAGAGUACCAGGCCAAGACCUGCCACUGUUCCCUUACUGAAGACUCGAAUAACAGGGAUAACACCAACCACACAACUAACAAGCAGAGUGCCACUCAAUUUGCGUGGUAUUCCUACAAGUGCUUUGUUUUGUCUUUUCUUUGCCAGUUUGAGGACCAAAUGCUAUGUCCACCAAGGCUCUAUCUUAGGUCCUAUCGUAGAAGAGCAGAAUGCAUGCCACUCAGACUGGUUUAGAAGGCCUCAGGUCUGUUUUCCUUAUUGAAAACGCCUUGACUUGUUAGACAGAGAUCCUCUCUUUGCCCCCCCCCCAAUCCCUCCCCCUCUCCCAGUCCACUGCUUUUGUCCGUCAUUGACACUCUCACUUUUUCACUUGUGUUUUUUCUUUUUUUAUUUGCUGUAAAAAGUGUUUAAAAAUAUUAUUUGUAUUAUAUGAUGUUAGUACGGUAAUGUUCUUUAUUAAGGAAGAAGAAAAUUUAUUUUUGUUACUGGUCUGUUUCAUAAUUCUUUUUUAAAUUGGUAUUGUAAGAUAUCUAUGCAAGAACUGUUCUGUGGAGCAUUUUUAUUUAAGAAUGUAAUAUGUGUAAUAAAUGGUAGAAUCUG